AUGCCAGUGGCGGCUGCUUCUCGAGCUCCCCAGGCUGCGCCACUUGAUAUAGAGCACGACAUCCGACGCGUCUUGAAAGAGGACCUCGACUUCCAAGGUCAUUUCUCUAUCCACAAAACCUAUCCAAAUGCGCCCAACCCGCUCCUAAGCCUCGAUGGGCUUGGUCUCGUAGGCUUACCGCUGGGUCCAUCAGCGGCCAAGACUGUCAUCGCACAUUGCGACCAAGCACCGUUCGGCAAAGGUGAAAGAACUAUCGUUGACAAGGAGCUUAGGGAUACAUGGGAGAUGGACGCUAUCAAGGUCAACUUUCGAAAUCCAGCAUGGAAAGCAUUCAUGGCCGGUGUUGCUCGAGACGUCUGUGAUGCUCUCGCUGUAAAUUUUCUAUUUAGUAGACCCCGGGUCAAGCUCUACAAGCUACUUCUCUAUGAGACUGGCUCCCACUUUCUGCCGCAUGUCGAUACUGAAAGGGAAGACGGGAUGUUUGCGUCGGUUGUCGUCGUCCUUCCAUCCGAAUUCACUGGUGGAGACGUUCACACAAGCCACUGCGGGAUCGAAGUAAUUCACGAUUCCAGCAAGGAUAGCAUCACCCAAACGACUGUACUUGCUUGGUACACCGACGUCAAGCAUGAAGUUAAACCGAUUACGAGCGGUUACCGCUUUGUCCUCGCAUACAAUAUAAUGCACACCACCUCCAUCCGACCCACGUUAUCCUCCUCAACGACUGAUGCUAUCGACAAGCUCCGCAAGAUUUUUCACUCCUGGAACACUAGCAAAUCAUCGCCUGAUCAAAUUUCCUACUUGCUUGAACAUCAAUAUUCCCAAGCAAACCUUUCGGCAAGUGCCCUAAAAGGCGUUGACGCACACAUUGUCGCUGUCCUCAAUAGUUUGGCGAGGGAAAUGGGCUUCGGGCUUGGCCUUGCCAAUCUCGAGCUGACGAUGAACGGGGAGGCUGCAGACACCAAUCCGUAUCCUCAAAAGCGGAGGAGAUGGGGUUACGACAGCGAAAGCGAAAGCGACACCGAACCUCGCCCAGCCAAGCUUCAAUUCUCGUCCGUCAAGUCAAUGACGAUAUCUGUUCACAAUGUCGUGGACCUUGAUGGGAUUCAUAUGGAUCAAGACUUGGCUCCAAACAAGAGUCUUGUGAAGCAGUUGAAAGCACAAGGGAGGAUGACGCAAGAGUAUGAGGACUAUAUGGGUAAUUGCGCAGCCUCUCUGGAUCGAUAUUAUCGCAGCUCCGUUCUCGUCAUCUGGCCGAGAUGGUCUGGUAUAGGCGAUCGAAGAACAACUCAAGCUCAGCAGCGGCUCAGAAUUGCCUCCUCAAAGCUUUUAUCUCCGACCGAAUUAGAAGAUUUCGAAUAUCUUUGUCAAACCAUCCGCUUCAUACCAGACGAAGACCAGCAAGGGGACCUAUUUCAACACUUACUACGAAUCGCUCUUGCUCGAGAUGACAUCUCAUUAUGGCAAAAAGCAGUCAACGGUCAUUGCGGAGGCGAUCGGUCGUUGGAUCAGUUGUCGAUUGAACGCCUUCAAGAAGCCCGCGAGGCAUUUGGUUUUGAUGCUAUCGCAAAUAUACUGCGACCUCUCAUUCAGGGCAACCUUUCCAAUACUCGUCUCGAAUAUGCCAUAAAUCUGUACGAUCUGAAGGAAGACCAUACGGAUGCCGCUCAAAUUGACGCUUUCGUUUACGAGAUGCGUCAAUAUUCUCUAAAUAACUUGCAGCUCUAUAGGUCAAGCGACGAGCUGCAGCUUUAUACGCAAGAACUUUGGGCAGAGGGAGGAGCUCAGCUCGUUCAUGACCAGUUAGUUCCACAAAUACAAAGUCGGACAGCACGCGAAAACAUUUCUGCACUAGAGCACUACCUUGAAUGGUUUUGGGCUGCAGACGAAGAAUUGAGCAACAGCUAUCAAAUCCCCCAAAGUAUCACCAUCCGAAAACAGAUCAUCGCAACUCUGUUGAAAACGCUCAUCUCACGGAGACCGUUAUACGCCGUGAAACCUGUGAAGGUCCUGGACCAAACUGUGUCCCAUGCGCCGAAACAGGUUAAGAUCGCUCAAGGCGACCCGAUGCCUGCGGUUUCCUUGAUCGGGAAGUGCUUGGACUACGAAAACUCUGAACUCGUUUUAUCUGUCCUCCGAAAGAUGAAUCAAGCAGCAGCUCGGUUGGCUGAUGAGUAUAACCAAUCGAAGACAGAGGCUCGAGUUGUCCCCGAGGUGGUGUUUCCUCUCGUGCCUACGGUGCAAAACUUGCUUCGCCUUUCCACACCCCCAAUCACACCCGCUGCACAUUUCGAAUUGGAGACCUUGGCCGAAUCUGCGCUAAAAAUCAAGCUUGAAGUUCUUCGGGAUCUUGGGGGUGUUACACACAAAGACUUGGUGUCGCUGUUUGAUUUUGUCCAGCAUCUGAAGAACAUCGAUUACUUGGUUGAUUUCGUCGUAGCGGGUCUUGCUGCCCAACCAUGGGAUGAAUACACCUGUUUGGAAUACUUGGAGGAGCUUCAAAAGCGAUGUCGCGUAAAUCAAGCUACUUUCGAGCGGCCUAUGAGAAACUUGGCUCAACUCUAUGCGCGGAAUGUGUCCCUGUGCAGGCUGACACAUCCUUCGAACAUUGCCGAUGGUCGUUUCGCGGAAUAUGCCACUUGUGCGGAAGCCUUGUCUCGCUGCUGGGCACUUGGAGGUCCAGAAGCCUUCUCCACUCUCAUGGAACGGAUUUUACACCCGCCGUCGCCUGACGAACAUUAUCUGGUCACUAUUGCGCUUCGCCUCAUUUCCCACGUGGAAAACACGGCGACUCAACAUGGCUUCCUCUUGACGCAGGCACCGUUCUCAACAUCUUUUAUGGGCAUCAUUACGGAAUGGAUGAAGCAUGUUCUGGGUCCGACCCCGCCAAACCUUCAUCGAGCACGCGCAUUCCUAGCAAGCAUCGAUCGAAUCUCUGGAUGCUGCCAGAACUGUAUGCAGGUCAUUGGUUUCCUGCGAAAUGCCAGGCUGGCGGAGGCGCGGUUACGCGUGAUGAAUACAGAUCACGUGAUCGCGAAGCUCAGUCAAGAUUUGUCUUCAUCCCAUGUUACUUUCAAUAUUGUGCGGGCAGUUCCGCAAGGAAUAUUGGUCGCCAUGUCUUCAGAACUCUUUCAAGCAGUUCGCUGGAUACGCCACCAAGCUGAGGGUCGUAGAUUGUUAGCGAUUUUCCCCGAUGAGAUGCUACGGACGAUCUGGGGAGACACAUAUGAGCAGGCCUUGGCCCCGCUGCUUCCAAUCCAACGCACAACUCGACAAUCUGUGCCAACUGUUUCUUCCGCGCCAUUUGUUCACGGGACAAUGGCUGUGAUGCACCCGCCAUUACCUGCCCAUGCCGCGCCUCAAGCUGCGUCUAACAAUGCCCAUUCUGGACCGCCUCUCCACCAACCACUUCCUUCAGCACACGAAGUUCGAGCCUAUCAUCAAGUCACCAUCUCCAAAUUAUCUCGUCCAAUGCCGGUCGCCAGUACAUCACAGCCUUGGCCAGGGCAUUCCGAAGCCAAUGCUCCCAGUCAACACACACCAGUCGAGGGAGACUAG